GGCCAUGGGUCGGAAGCGCGGCGUGGGGGGAGAGGCUGCCAAGAUGGCGGCGGGCUGCUGUGGGGUGAAGAAGCAGAAAUUGUCCAGCUCGCCCCCCUCCGGCGCGGCCGGCGGUGCCGGCUCCGGCGCGGCCAACAACUCCUCCUCCUCCUCCUCCUCCUCCUCCCACUGCAGCGGGGACGGCCAGGCCCGGGCCGGGGAGCCGGGCCUAGGGGGCCCCGGGGUCCGGCUCAACGGGCUCGGGGGGCUGGCGGGAGGAGGAGGCUGCACCCUCUCCCCCCCGCGGGGCUGCGGCGGGGCCGGGGGGCCUGUCCUGGCCGCGCCCCCGGCCUGCGUUGGGGGGACGGUCCUGGCCGCCGCCGCCGCCGCCUCCGCCUCCUCCUCGGCCUCCCCUUCCUCCGCCGCCGCCUCGUCGUCGUCGUCCCCCGGCGGGCGGAAGAUGGUGGUGUCGGCGGAGAUGUGCUGCUUCUGCUUCGACGUGCUCUACUGUCACCUCUACGGAUACCAGCAGCCCCGGACCCCCCGCUUCACCAACGAGCCCUACCCACUAUUUGUAACGUGGAAGAUUGGUCGAGAUAAACGAUUGCGUGGAUGCAUAGGUACUUUUUCUGCCAUGAACCUGCAUUCAGGACUCAGGGAGUACACACUUACCAGUGCCCUUAAAGAUAGCCGCUUCCCCCCGAUGACAAGGGACGAACUGCCACGGCUCUUUUGCUCAGUGUCUCUGCUCACUAACUUCGAAGAUGUCUGCGAUUACUUGGAUUGGGAGGUGGGUGUACAUGGCAUUAGAAUAGAAUUCAUCAAUGAAAAAGGAUCAAAACGCACCGCCACCUACCUCCCGGAGGUUGCAAAGGAGCAAGGAUGGGACCACAUUCAGACCAUCGAUUCGUUAUUGAGGAAAGGAGGAUACAAGGCUCCGAUUACUAAUGAAUUCAGGAAAACCAUAAAACUGACCAGGUACCGUAGUGAGAAGAUGACCAUGAGCUACGCUGAGUACCUGGCCCACCGUCAGCAUCAUCACUUUCAGAAUGGCAUCGGACACCCCCUCCCCCCGUACAACCAUUAUUCCUGACACUGAGCCGCAUGACCAGCCCCCUGACCCCUCUGUAGACCUCUUCCCGGGAGACCCUGCCCCUUCGUGGUCUAGCUAUCUCUAUUACUGUACCAUUUUAUGAUGAUAGUUUCCGUUGCCACGGUGGAAGGGACUUCUCCUUUUAAUUGGCAUAGUGCACCAUGGCAACGGAGAUGAAAAUUAUGAAGAUCCCAUAAUUCUUUAGGGUUUUUAGGUCCCUUGAUUCCCAGCCCCCUCCCACUUUUUUUUUUUUUUUGCAGCAUAUAUAAUCACCCUCAUUUUUUUUUAAAUGUGAUUUACUUCAUUAUAUCGAUCAAGAUUUUGUGGGACUGUGGAUGGAAGGAAAAGUUUAGAGGUUUUUAAGAUUGGAAUUAGGGAUUGGAUUUUUCUGAAGGAUACAUGUGCUUGUCGAAUUUUAGGGGACAGGGAGUGUUACGUAUCCAGGUCAGGGAGUUAAAUCAUGCCCUGAAUUUUGUUUGGGAUGGGCCUUCUUUAGUACUAUACGCAGGGCUUCAUCCCUCCCGUGAAAAGAAAAAGUCCUGCAGCCGACCCAUCCAGGAUCCGUGACGGGACGACCCGUGCCUGUGAACGGAGUCGGUCAAGGAUCGCCAGGAAUCUGUUUGCCUUCCGAAGCGGCUGGGUGAGCCGGAGUCUUCCCUAGUCUGUUCACAGACUUGAUCUUCAUGCUAAAAAAACCCGCAGGUAAAGGAAAACGACUCCUUUUCAGAUAUGCUGUAGGAAUCAUUUUGGAGAGCACUGACUACUAGGAAGAGAGCAGACGUAGAAUUUAGUGCCUUUGACUGGGAAAGGAGUGUGACUUGAGUGGAAUGCUAGGGGAAAAAAUAGGAAAAAGGGCCAUUUGGAGAAACGUGUUUGGUAGCCACGUAUUGUUUCAGAAAGAGAAACGGUCAUAGCUUAUACCGUUCCCUGACUCCUCUGAGGUUUCUCUUUAACGGAGACGAUGGUGUUUCUGCGCACACAGCCAGAAAGAGACUGUUUUCUCUGUAGGUGUAUCCUUUUCAUCGAAGCGUGGAGAUUUUAGGAAGCAUCGGGUCAUGAUCGGCAGGGAUGGAGAGUAACUGCCGUUUUAAGAAAUAGUAAUGAUCAUCUGGUGAAACAUAGGAUUUGUGUUGCCAGGGUUUCAGAUAUUUUCACCUGGUAUAGGGGGCGGGACUGGAGUUUUUAUAAAUACUUAUGAAAUAGGUGGUUUGUAUCCCUUUUUUCUACACUACAGAUAGUGGUAGAAACUCAUUCACUGUGUGGCAAAGAUUUUUAUUUUUUCAGCUGUAAUUAAUGGAGAUGGGGAAGUAUUCAAGGUUUACGAUGUGUUUUGAGUAACCCUGAUUAGGGGAAGUGGGGGUGGGGGGGGCCUAGGGGCAGCCGAGGGAAAUGGAGAUGAGUUGGGUCGGGCAGGAAACCGAAGGACCUAGUGACCGUGAGGGAUGGAGGCAGACCACCAAAUUUACAGUCCAGGGAAACAGUGGGUGCAGUUGAGGCUUAGAUCAUUAAUAAACUACCCAGUUGACGGGACAGGCGGCAGGCUGCUAGUUCCGAAUUCUAAAAACGGGCACCGAUACUUCAGACGGUAACCGGCGGAACCGCUGCCGCCCGCCUUCUGGAGGGAAGCCAAGCCUAGGGCGUCAUGGUGUGGUUUGUGGAAGGUUUUCGGUGUUCCUUCAUCCACAGCACCCGCUAUUUGCUUUCGGUCGUGAUGCCUUAAUUAACGAGCUGACAGCUCAGGGCCCUUCCUGUGCGGCCAGGCAAAGCCCUAGGCUUGGGCCCCGCCCCCUCCCGCCGGCCCUCGGGUCCCAGCCUUUCCUCGCUGAGAGCCAUCUGGAAAGCGGACUCGCCUUUCGGGGCGUGGUAAGUGGCGACCCGAUGGAAAGAAAAAAAAAAGAAAAGAAAUUUUCUUGCCCUUAUAGGGAAACUGAGCACAAAGCUAAAUAAUGUCUGUCUGCUGCAAAAAAAAAAAAAAUUUUUCUCACUUGUCGCGAAACCCAUCAUCUCGUUCCAGUGUGCUCGGCCUACCGGCUGGGCUCAUUUGUUAAAAGUUUUUUAUGAAAAGAUUUAUUCUCUCUCUCUAUAUAUACAUAUAUAUAUAUAUAUAUAUACAUAUAUAUGUGCAUCUAUAUGUGUGUGUGUGUCUAUAUAUGUAGAUGCAGGUAUAUAUAUAUAUAUAUACAUAUCUCUCUCUAAAGGUGCUAAUCAACCUGGAGCAGGUCACGUGACUGGUCAUGCGGACUCUAAAAUCAUAUCAGAUUUUUUUAAAUCCUCGAUAUAUGCAGAUGUUAUAUGGAAUUUUCUUACCGGUGUAAUAAUGAUAUACUGAUGAAAUAACCAUCCUGCAGGCUUCAGAGGACGGAGGUCGGCAAUACCCCCCACCGUGGCAUGGAGGGGAGGGGAAGGGAGAAGGAUCUUCUGUCCCCUUUUGUACACAACAGACUGCACGGUGCACUGUUGUUCCUCCUCUCUCCUCUCUCUCUCUCUCAGUAGCCGUUGACUACAAAACAGCCAUGAAACAGAAAGGGUAGGGGAGAGACUGAACGGCGUGGGUGCCGGUGCGGGUGUGGUGAGCAGGGGAGGGCGGUGGUGGCUGGGCCCUCCAGACUUCCGCGAUUUACCUGUACCGUUGAUUAAAAGGCUGAUACCGAUGUGGCUGGAAUCCACUUUUGUCGGACAUGGCGAGAGGCAGCACGGGUUUGAAGUCAGGUUGGCAUCCCGAGAGCCGGGGGGGGUGUGGGGGGGGUCGUUAUCCGUACAUCGGCUGCAUGCUUCACCGGUGCGGCUCGAGUCGGAAGAAUGCUCGGUUGAUCGCUUUAACCUAAAACAGCUCCGAAGGAAAUACUUGAACUCGGUUUGAGCAGCACAACGUUUACAGAGCCGGACCCUUGGGUGUGUUUAGGUGGAUUUUCUUUUUUUGCCCCCUUACGAAAAUGCAACUGGAAGGCGCGGACUCCCUCCCUCCCCUCUCUCCGCCCCGCAGAAGUACCCGGUUGCCCCGGUCGGGUGGGCAGCGGCCGACCCCCCCCCCCCGAGGGAGACGAUCCCCGUUGUCGGAGGCUUUCGCUCUGGGGGCUCCCCGGCCAAACCCCAGGGCCGUUUACAAUCAUAUGGAUACAAUCUAGUGGCCCUCUCCUCCCCGAGUCUGUACCUUGGCCUCUUUCCCUUGUCUACAAACGUGCGGGUGUUUUUUUUGACGUCGUUAUCUGGAGUAGAUGACAUCUCUCGUGUUUGUCAGAUCAAACCAAAGACGCCUCCAGCCAUGCCCAAAUGCUGCUCCUUUAUUAAAGGCCCGCCUUCCGGCCCUUAGGAAAACCUUGCAGGACUACAUGUGUUAAACUUGUUGAUUUUUGUACAGUUUCUAACUGGUUUUUUUGCUAGUGCUGUUAAUUGAAUUUAAAUCGAUCGGAGGAGUUGGAGCGCAUCCUCCAUCGAAAUCAACUGGUGACUUUUCCUUUUAUUUUUUUAAGCCGAUGGAAGCCCGCCCGUGUGCCUCUGAGAUUUCAGGGUUUCCUCGUUACAUUUAUUCUUAAAACCAGCAAUGAUUCUUUAUAUACGAAGGUAUGUUUUCCUCGUUUUUUUAUUACUGUUAAGGAAAAGCAACAAAAAAAAAAACCCAACCAAAAAAACAAAAAACAAAAAAAAACCAAAAAAAGGAAAACCUCUUACUUUGCUCUGGACCCAGUGACCGCGCUGGUACAUUAAACGCACUGAGAAAACAAAACUUUUGUAACAACCUAUAUGACUGUUUUUGUAUAUCAAAGUUGAUUCUUUUGGAACUAUUUGGAUCCAGUUUCUAAGUUAUUUUAGUGUUUUAUACGUUUAAAAAAAAAUCCUUUGCAUUAGUCACCAGCAGAAUGAGUUAUAUCGGUGAUGCGGUGGAGUUAAUACCCAGCAGGGGCAAGGGCUACCUGGAGUAGCUCGGAGGCUCCUCUGUUUCCUUCUUUCUUAGUACCUUGAUUACAAUAAUGACAUCACAGAUUACCUGAAACCCCCCUCCAUUCCAAAACCAGAUCCUCCCUCCUUCCACAUUGAAUCUCUAUCAGUGUGAAGAAACUGUUGAAAUGGGCAGUUUAAUAGGAUGAGUAGGGGCUUUAAAAAAAACAACCAACAUUAUGAGCAAAAAGCCAAAAAAAAUUAAGGGGGGGGUGUGUGUUAUCUGUGGGUCUGUGAGAUAUGGCUGUGGAAAGACAUUGUAGUAGUUUUAACACUAUUGUUAUUUGAAAUCAUUUACCCAAUAAAAUAUCACAGAGAGUC